AUGGCCCCAAAGGGUUCAACAAAAACCUUAGCUCUCUUCCUUACACUGAUCAGCAUUCUUCUCCUCGGCCAAACCCAAGCCCAAAACCGUCCCUAUCUCCGCCCACCUCCACCACGCAUUCCUCCGCCACCAUGUCCAGUAUGUACUUGUCCAGAACCAUCGCCACCGCCUCCACCAACUGUGACCCCACAGAUUCCACCAACACUGCCUCCAACCAUACCACCGGAGACUCCACCGACGGGUCCACCAGCCACACCACCUACGGAAGUUUUACCAACAGGUCCACCAACCCUACCACCACAGACACCUCCGACCAUACCACCGGAAAUACCUCCUAACACACCACCACAGACUCCACCAACGCUUCCACCAAACACGCCACCGGAGACACCUCCAACAACACCACCAGAAACUCCACCAAACACGCCCCCAGAAAGUCCUCCAAACACUCCACCGGAAAUACCUCCAAACACACCACCGGGAACUCCUCCAAACACACCACCGGAGACACCUCCAACCACACCACCGGAGACACCUCCAACCACACCACCAGAAACUUCUCCAAACACACCACCGGAAACUUCUCCAACCACACCACCGGAAAUUCCACCAAACACACCCCCACAAAGUCCUCCAAAUACUCCACCAGAAACACCUCCAAACACACCACCGGGAACUCCUCCAAACACACCACCGGAGACACUUCCAAACACACCACCAGGAACUCCUCCAAACACACCACCGGAGACACCUCCAACAACACCACCAGAAACUCCUCCAAUCACACCACCAGAAACUCCACCAAACACCCCCCCACAAAGUCCUCCAAAUACUCCACCAGAAACACCUCCAAACACACCACCGGGAACUCCUCCAAACACACCACCAGAGACACUUCCAAACACACCACCAGGAACUCCUCCAAACACACCACCGGAGACACCUCCAACCACACCACCAGAAACUCCUCCAAUCACACCACCAGAAACUCCACCAAACACCCCCCCACAAAGUCCUCCAAAUACUCCACCAGAAACACCUCCAAACACACCACCGGGAACUCCUCCAAACACACCAAAGACACCUCCAACCACACCACCAGAAACUCCUCCAAACACACCCCCGGAAACUCCUCCAACCACACAACCGGAAACUCCACCAAACACACCCCCACAAAGUCCUCCAAACACUCCACCGGAAACGCCUCCAAACACACCACCGGAGACACUUCCAAACACACCACCGGGAACUCCUCCAAACCAAUCACCACAGAUUCCACCAACGCUUCCACCAAACACACCACCGGAGACACCACCGCAAACUCCUCCAAACUCACCACCAGAGACUCUACCAACGCUUCCACCAAACACACCACCGGAAGCUCUUCCAAACACACCACCACAAUCUCCACCAACGCUUCCACCAAACACACCACCACAAAUUCCACCAACGCUUCCACCAAACACACCUCCACAGACACCUCCAAACACACCACCGGAAACUCCUCCAAACACACCACCACAAACUCCACCAACGGUUCCACCAAACACACCACCCGUGACUCCACCAGUGCGUCCUCCAACUACACCACCGUCGCCUCCACCAACAACAACACUGCCGCCUUCUUCACCAACAUCUCCACCGAACAACUCACCAUCACCCCCUCCUCCGAAAUCCCAACCACCACCCCCUCCUCCGAGAUUCCAACCACCACCUCCUCCACGUGGCACAUGUCCCAGGAAUGCCAACCAAAUAAGGACAUGUUCCAAUGUCCUAAGAUUUUUUGGCAACUUCUUAGAUUUUAGACUGGCACAGCCCUGCUGUACGCUCAUUCGCAAUCUAUCUGACGCGGAAGCAGCUGCUUGCUUAUGUGAUUUGGUGAGAGCACGACGUUCCACUCUUUCUCCCAAUAUCAUCAUCCUCUGUAGGGCUUGUGGCCGCAGGAUUCCCAGAGGUUUUACCUGCCCAUAA